UCAUUCAUAAUACGGCUAGACCAAUUAGCUUUUCUCGUAAUCACUACACGGGAUCAUUGGAAGACAAUGUUUUGACCAUGGAAGCCAUCAGCAUCGUAGAAGGUUACGGUUCGGAUGUGGAUGUCACACUGAGCGGAGACUUUGUGGAAUAUUUCCAGUUGGUCGGACAGGAUGGGACGUACACAUUACAGCUAGUUUCUAACGUCCCAAAUGAAGUAAUUGAAGCACACACUAUGCUGGUAUAUACUAUUCAAGCUAACGGAGACAGUGGAAGAGCCCAUACCACAGUUAUUAUAGAACUGAUUAAAAAUAUUGAAGUAACUGAGGAGCUAGCAUUUGAUGAGGCUUACUAUGUAGGCUCUUAUUCUGCAACAACUGGUGUUAUGGCCGAUAUACAGCUACAAGUUGUUACGGGAUAUGAUAGUGAGACAGCAUUUACUAUACAAGGAGACCAUGGUGCUUGGUUUAAUGUUCAGUCUUUGGAAAGCGUGGUGACAAUAAGUUUAGCUGCUCCUUUGCCAGUUGAACUAUUUAUUAACAACCAGCCUGUUAUAUUUGCCAUCAAUGCAAUCAACUCGGGUGGCAGUACAGCUACAGCUACUAUAGUAGUUUAUUUAGAUGGAGAAUUAUCUGAAUUAAUUGUUCUUGGAUUCGAAAGAAGUAGUUACUUGGGAACAAUAGAAGGUGAUACGUCUACAUUGCAGUCUAUAAUUCUUACCCAAGGAUACAGCUCAGAAGUAUAUUUCUCUUUACAAGGAGACUUGUCCAACUAUUUCAUCAUAAACCAACAGGGUUCAACAGUAAACGUAGGACUACAAAGCUCUAUCCCCGAGUCCGAAUUACCAUCUAAUGGUAUUAUUGUUCUGGAAUUGCAAGCUACUGCAGUUCAAGCUGUUUCCUCAACAGCAACCAUAGUGUUUGAGAUAGCCGCUGUAGAGGACAUAAGUUUCAAUGCGGCAUACUACAUCGGGCAAUACAGCGAAAGCGAAGGGCUUACUUUCGACACGAUCUCGCUAAAUGUGGGUUACGACCAGGAUGUACACUUUUCCUUGGAAGGAGAAAGUUCUCAAUGGUUCGCCCUACAAGUGGAGGGGAAUGUCGUCACCCUAGUCGUAACUAGGGAUAUUCCACCUGCAAUCUUGGUCAAUAACCAUCAACUGGUAUUUAUUGUCACAGCACAGAAACCCAGAAGUAAAAUCGCCACUGCUACUAUAGUGAUUUCAUUAAUUGAUGAAUCUUCUGACGUCUCAGUUCUCAGUUUCGAACAAACAAGCUAUAUUGGUUCUAUUGCAAACGAUGCGUUAAGUAUAGGACCAAUUGUUCUUAACGAAGGAUACACGGAGGCAGUGACUUUUACACUUUCUGGUGAUCUGGCAUCAUACUUCUAUAUGCAAACGCAAGGACCUACAAUUAAUAUCGUACUACAGAGCGCUAUUCCAGAAGAGGCAAUACCUGCUAAUGAGAUUGUGAUACUUACGUUACGAGCAUCAGCCCCUGAAGCUGUAGCCGCUACGACAACUGUAGUAUUCGAGACCCGGCGAACUGCGAAUGAAGAACUUGCCUUCAAUGCUGCUUACUAUGUUGGGGAAUAUAGUGAGACUAGCGGCUUUGCGUUUAACUCCAUCAUUUCGCUAGACGUUGGCUUUGAUCAAAAUGUCCAGUUUGCACUAGACGGAGAACACUCCCAAUGGUUCGCCCUGAAUAUUCAAGAAAAUUCUGUCACACUCGUCUUAUCUGCUGCCAUUCCGCCUGCAAUCUUAGUUAAUAAUCAUCAGCUCGUAUUCAGCGUCACUGCACAGAAACCUAAUAGUAACCUUGUUUCGGCGACUAUUAUUAUCUCAUUAGUAGAUGAUUACACUGAUGCAGUUGUUCUUGGUUUUGAGCGAUCAAACUAUCUAGGUACUAUUGACAAUGAAGUAUUAAUUAUAGAACCAAUUAUCCUCAACGAGGGAUAUACAGAAGCCGUUACAGUCACACUUUCUGGUGAUCUUGCCUCAUACUUCUAUAUACAGCUGCAAGGAUCCACAGUUAACCUCGCACUACCGAACUCUAUCCCAGAGCAAAUGUUGCCUGCCAAUGAUAUAAUUUUACUUGAGUUGCGGGCGUCGGCACCACAAGCCAUAGCUGCUACGACGACGGUUGUAAUCGAGGUCCAGCGAGUUAUUGAUUUAGAAGAAAUAUCUUUUAGUGCUCCUUAUUACAUCGGAGAAUAUAGCGAAGCUAGUGGCCUUGCGUUCGAUGACACUAUCUCAUUGAUCGAGGGUUACGACCAAACUGUUCAAUUUGCCCUGGAGGGAGAUCAUUCACAAUGGUUUUCUCUACAACUCCAAGGUAAUGUUGCUACGCUCACGUUGUCAAGUACCAUUCCACCUUCAGUUUUAGUCAAUAACCAUCAGCUGGUAUUCAGUGUAACUGCACAGAAACCCAACAGCAACAUCGCGACAUCAACCGUGGUGAUAUCGUUAGUUGAUGAUUACACAGGUGCAUCUAUUCUCGGUUUCGAAAAAGCAAGUUAUCUUGGUUCUAUUGAAAAUAAUGCUUUAAGUAUAGAACCAAUCGUUCUCGCCGAGGGGUACACGGAUGCUGUUAUAUUUUCUUUAUCUGGUGAUUUGGCAUCUUACUUUAAUAUCCAGCAACAAGGUGCGACAGUAAAUAUUUUACUGCAGAACACUAUCCCAGAACAAGCGUUACCCGCCAACGGCAUAGUAUUACUAGAGUUGCGAGCAUCAGCGUCCCAAUCUGUACCUGCCACAACUACCAUAGUAAUAGAGGUUCAACGGACAUCUAUUGUAGAUGAAUUAGCCUUUAUUAAUCCUUAUUACACCGGAGAGUACAGCGAAUCAGGUGGCCUUUCCUUCGAAGAUGUCAUUUCGCUGGAAACUGGAUACGGCGAAGAUGUUUCCUUCACCUUGGAGGGUGAGAAUUCUCAAUGGUUUGCGCUGUCUGCCAUCGAAAACGCAAUAACACUAUUCGUAGAUCAACCUAUUCCUCCUGCAGUAUUGGUUGGUCUUCGAAAAAUCAUUCUGACUGUAAGAGCAAUAAAAUCAGAGAGCACUGCGAGCACAAUUAUCAUAAUAUCCAUAAUUGACGAUUCUGGGCCCGUAACAAAUGAAGCAUUUGAUAAAUUCCUGUACGAGGGAUCCAUCAAUAUCGACGUGGUUCAACAUGAAACAAUUACUAUCACAGGGCAUGCUGCUGGAAUCAAUAUCGAAAUACUUGGAGUUUACAGUGCGCUUUUCUCCGCCUCCGUAUCGGGAGAUACGGUAGUAGUCGGAGCAGCAGGCGCCCUGAAUCUGCCUGAAGGAGUGUCACACGUAGCGCUCGAGUUGCGAGCGGGAAGUGCCAGCGCAGUUGUCAUUUUUGACGUUAUAGAAUCAGAAACCCCAGAGCUCCCUACAGUAGCAUUCGAUUCGCCACUGUAUGUGCUGCGCGCUGACAUGGCGCAGACGGGGUUACUGGGAAUGGUCCAAGCAACAGCAAGCAACGGCGAGAGCAUAUCGUACUCUUUAGUUGUCGAUGAUGCUCACCUCCGAGAGAGGAUUUCAAUCAACAGUGUUGGCGAAAUCCAUUUGUCUGCUCCCACAAAUACUGGUGUAUACGGUUUCCAAUCUGUAGCUACAUCAACUAUAACCCAAGUCCAAGCUACAACGGUGGUACAGCUAACAGUAGUAACUGCCGCAAUCUGCGGAGACGACCACGCCCUCCCGCCUCUCAUAAUCCUGGACCGAGACGAAGAAGAACCACACUCUAACCUUGUAGUCCUCGACAGCGAAGCUCAAGCAGGCUGCCAGUUCAGGCUCACUAAUCGGUGGCCCCUCGACCAAGACUGGCUUUACGUUGACAACACUGGUUUACAUGCACGAUCAAUUGACCGAGAAGACCCGCGAAUAGCUUUCAUGGCAUUGUCUCAAGUACAAGUGGAACUGGUGUUAGAAUGUGACAGUGAUACAACCAGUAGAGUCAAGCGGUCUACAGACCCCAGGCUAGACUGGCUCGGGCCUUACGAAUACGGUAGCAACAAGUGGAUACUUACUGACACAAUCUUAUAUAAUUCACGAAGAAGCUUCGUCAACUUGAUAGUAAACGAUAUUAACGACAACUACCCCAUAUUUGUUGGCAAUGGAAACGAACCCAUUGUGUGUGGAUAUCCCAUUCCCGAACUUGAAGAUGUUGUGCUUCCUCGAGCUUUGGCUGAAUUACAGGCCACUGACGCGGACGUGGGUGAGAACGCGGCGUUAUCUUUCUGGAGCGCGUCGGAAGUGUUGGCGGUCGCGUCGGCUACGGGCUUCGUCCACGUCAGGGAUGGAGCCAGCCUGACGCAAGACCAGCGCCUCAGUGUGUCAGUCACUGACCUGAACGGGAGAGAAGAUGGACUUACUACAUCUAUAGAACUUCUGGUAAAAUUAUUGGAUACGAGUCACAUCGCCGUGGUUACCGUCCGCAAUGCAUUCCUAGACCAAGAGGAAACUAUUUUGGAAAAUCUAAGUUCGGCUGUGGGGUACGAGGUCAAAGUCCUUAGCUCCGCGGUUAUAUCUGAUGACCCAGCCGAUUCUGUGAAUACACGACACAAACGCGAAGUUACCUCCGAAGGAGCGUCAUUGCAGCUUUAUGUAUACGGCUUAAUUGAUCGCGAGCCGGUGGCCGUUGACCAGCUUACAAACGAUAUAACCGGCAAUGUAAUAACUGGGGUUGAUGUCACGAACACGGUAUCUCUGGAAGAUCAUCUAGAAGGCCGCGAGAUAUAUGGCGGAGGACGUGAUACAGGUCUAUUAGUCGCAACAAUAGUCCUGAGUAUUCUGCUCUUCAUACUAAUGCUACUUAUUGCCUUAUGGUUCUUCCUCAGAUGGAGAAAGGCACGAAAUUAUGAACAGUUCAGUGACGCAAAUAGUUUAGCCUCUCGAAAUGAACAAUUGGAGUCACCCCAAAAGAUCGAUAGUUUGAGAAAACCAAGACUCAAUAUAGAUGAGUUGAAACGAAGUGAGAGGAGGCUUCAAGAAAUGCUUGAUGCUCCGGUUGAAGAAGUUGGUCCUAAGGCCCAAACCUCGCAAAUAGACCCCAAAGAAGCAGUCGACACAGUAAUAAAUAUGGCGCCUACUCGCCCGGUAGACGUUACAAUGCCUAUAGUGAUACAAUCUAUAGAUAAGCUUAAAGAUGACGAGAAUUCAGAAGACGAAUUUGGGGAAAGAAAAAGUAAGAGUCGAAGAAAAUCAGUAGUCACUUUUAAUGAGAACGUUGAAAAGAUUAUUCACGUUGAAGACAUUCCGGAUGACAAUUCAUCGGACUUAGAAAUAUACAAGUUUUAAGCUUACUUUUAAGUGAAAAAUAUAAAUGUAAAUUAUGUUAUUAAACUGUUUUUACACCUUUUGAUAAAAUAAUUAAAACGUUUAAUCGGUUUCCUUAAAUAAAUUCAUUAGUAUGCA